AUGUCGCCAGCUACUCGAAUACCUUUCAGAGUUUUGAGCGCAUCUGCGUCUACACGGCUCUCAAUUUCCUCGGUCGCCCUCUGCCGCUCAUUCGCCGAGACUUCAGUGUCAACCUCUCGGUCACUGCGUGGCGUCCUCCCGCGCACUAUCUUCACGCAUUCUUCAGCUCGACUCGCUGGGACUGCAGCAGCUGCGGACCAGCAACCAAAGACCACAGCCACUCCUCAAGCGACGCCGACGGACCCUAAGCGCCAUUCUUUUGACAACCUUGAGGACCAGCCAUUGACAUUGCAAGAAGAUGACCCUUCACAAGUGGACUGGACAAGGUCUUUUCACGGUCUCUCCAUUGAGCCAUUUUCCAAAGAGGCUGCGGACGCGCUGCAGGCGCCGAUAGCUCCCGAGGACAUCGAGAUCAAGCCAGAUGGUAUUAUUUAUCUCCCGGAGAUUAAAUAUAGACGGAUUCUUAACAAGGCUUUUGGGCCUGGUGGCUGGGGGCUUGCCCCAAGAGGCGAGACAAUCGUCACAGAGAAGUCUGUAACGCGAGAAUAUGCAUUACUGGCGCAUGGAAGAUUGGUUUCGAUUGCGCGCGGAGAGCAAGAUUACUUCACAAAGGAGGGUAUCCCAACAGCGGUUGAAGGCUGCAAAUCCAACGCAAUGAUGCGGUGUUGUAAGGACCUAGGCGUCGCCAGCGAGCUUUGGGACCCACGUUUCAUCCGGAAGUUUAAGGCAGAACACACUCGAGAAGUCUUCGUCGAGCACCAGGUCACUAAAAGGAAGACCAAGAUUCACUUGCGAAAGGGUGAUCCUGUCCUGUAUCCUUACGCCGAAUUGAAGAAAUGA